AUGGGCUUUAUUAGCAAGCUUGACAAACUACUCCAGGAGAGUCAUGAUGGCCUCAUUGAACGAUCAGUUAUUAUCACUCUGUCCACCCUAUUAGACUAUGAGGAUCUCUAUGAAGAUGUAGAGAAGAUCCAAGUGACAGGACAUUUCAUACAUCUAUUUGAGAGCAAAGACCGCAAUACUGCCCAGUCUGCCAUGGAUGCUUGGGGCAAGCUCAUAAAGAAAUAUCACAGCCAGGACAUGACAAAGAUUGAGGAAGGUAUUGAUGUACUUGGAAGGCUCCAAGGAGAUGUUCGUCAGGCGAAGCCUGUACGUCUCAUGGCAAGGAAGACCAUGAUUGAAAUAAGCCAGGUCCAGGAUGUGGAAACAUCAAGGAAGAAUUGA